ACACUUGUCAACUUCUUGUCAAAGUAGAUUUGUAGGCGACGGCAUCUCGGUACUUAUUUUUUAGCAAAUAUUCGGCGAAAUGGCAGAAUCAGUCACAGAAAUUCCUAUAAAUCUCGAAGAGAGUGUGAAAGAAACUUUAAAAAAUGUCACGGAUAAACCUCCAAGCAGUAUCGAGGGCAUCGCAAUAGCAUACUUGAGUUUAGUUAUUAUGGCCAUAUUACCGAUAUUUUUUGGGUCUUUUAGAUCAGUGAAGUAUCUCAAGGAGCAAAAGGAGUCAGGCCAAGCCACCGAGACAAUGUCCAACAAGGAUGCACUAAUGUUCCCUCUCAUCGCGUCGUGCGCGCUGUUUGCACUCUACAUCUUCUUCCAGUUCUUCUCCAAGGAGUACAUAAACCUCCUCCUCACUGGUUACUUCUUCUUCCUUGGGGUGUUGGCGCUCAGUCAUCUGCUUAGCCCAAUAAUCUCGUUCAUGGUGCCAGCAUCGGUCCCCAAUGUGCCGUACCACAUCCACUUCACGCGCGGCGAGCGGGACUCCAAGACUGACAUCGUCAACUACAAGUUCACCUCCUAUGACGUCAUCUGCUUGUUGAUCUCCCUCUGCUUAGGGGGGUGGUACCUCUUUAAAAAGCACUGGAUCGCCAACAACCUGUUCGGCAUCGCGUUCGCCAUCAACGGCGUGGAGCUGCUGCAUCUGAACAACGUGGUGACCGGCUGCAUCCUGCUCUGCGGGCUCUUCCUGUACGACAUCUUCUGGGUGUUCGGCACCAAUGUCAUGGUCACCGUCGCCAAGUCCUUCGAGGCGCCCAUCAAACUGGUAUUCCCCCAAGACCUCCUCAUCAACGGACUGAACGCGAGCAACUUCGCGAUGCUGGGGCUCGGCGACAUCGUCGUCCCCGGCAUAUUCAUAGCGCUCCUGCUCCGCUUCGACAAGUCGCUCAAGCGCGGCUCCGAGUUCUACUUCCGCGCGACAUUCUCCGCGUACAUCCUGGGGCUGCUGGCCACCAUCCUGGUGAUGCACGUGUUCAAGCACGCGCAGCCCGCGCUGCUGUACCUCGUGCCCGCGUGUCUGGCCACUCCGCUCAGUCUCGCGUUGAUCAGGGGCGAUAUUAACGCGCUGUUCAACUAUGAAGACCAGCCAACGGUCCCGGAGGCCAACACAAGCAAGUCAAAGAAGACUGAGUAGGCGCCAUGUCAGCAAAAACACAGCGUUAAGUACAGAACCUGAUACGCCAUUUUUACAUUUUUUAUCUGUCGCCCGAUUGCGGUUCGUGCGACGAUUUUUUUUUUUAAUAGGAAAGUUUUAGCUAUUAAUUAUGUAUAUACAAGAGCUUAGCUCUUGGACUAUAAAUUAGAUACUUGUAUAAAUUGUUUUAUAUCGGGAUUAUUUUUUUAUUUACUAAGAAAUGAUGAUUUAUGUAAACGGAACGCCUUUUUUAUUACCCACUUAUCUUCUUACCUGUAUAACUGGAUAACCUUACCCAGGAGUGUGUAUACCUUUCAAUCUCGUCCUCCAUCGACGAAAAAUUCAUGGAAAUCUGUUUAGUAAAAUAUUUUUUUCUUUCAAUUCAAAGCCGUUCAUCUUUUUAAAUAUAUUGACUCUGUCGCCGUUGUGUUCUCAAAAGAAUUGCGAUCUCCAUAUAGGCACGAAUAACGAACGCUAUUUUUCAACCUAAACAACAUAAAAGUAAUAUUAUGAGGUUAUUUCUCGAAAACUUACGUAUAUCGAAUAAUUUUUUUCUUGUGUUAUGGCUUCAUCGUUCGCCAAAAAGAUGAUUUUGCCAACGGAUCAUGACAAUCUUAAUCUAAUGCUGUCCCUUUUCAAGACGAGACGUGUGAGUGGGACGAAAUUAAUGACAUAUUUGGACAGUUUGCUGUGUACAAACAUGUAGUCGCACGAAUCGCUGGGCUUUACCACGAGGAAGACGGGACCAGGUAAUAAACCCGUUCUUGCAUUUCUAAAAUAAGCUGUGUUUACUCGGUAAACAAGUUGCCAAUGGAUUAUAGUCCAUAUUCCAUUCCAAUAAGGUUUAUUGUAUUUACUUCCUCGUGUAUCUUCCAUUGGAAAUUCAAGGGCGUAUUCCCUAUGUAUAUAACCUAUAUUUUUAGACAUAUCUGAAGUUGUCUAUAUUGCACAAAUUUUAGUAAAAAUAUGAGCUAAAUGACAAAUUGAAAGAUUUUAAAAUGGCACAAAAUUAAGGGAUAUUCCUUAUGGAUAUUCCUUCCAAAAAGCUUCCCAGCAUCUGUUAUACAGACAUAUAGACAAUUUUGGCAAUGUCUAAACAAUAUAUAUAUAUAAUGCGAAUGCAUAAUUUAUUAAUAGGUUGUAGAUUAAUAUUGAUGUGUAAAAUUAUUGGCUCUGUUUUUUCUUAAUCUAUGUUGUUUAUACUAUGUUUUUUAUACAUUUUUUCUGUUCAAAUCUCUAUUUCUUACGUUAAGAAUAUAUAUAAUGAAAAUCGUUGUACACAAUUUUGUUUUCUUAAAGGUAUUAGUAUAAGUUUAUUUUUGUUACAUCCAGGCAGUUACCACAUGUCGCAGUUCACAAAUGUUACAUCAAAUUAAUGACAUCAAUUUUUGGUAUCCUAAUAUGAUAUUUAAGAUAUAAAUACAAUAAAUAUUUUCACAAUGCAA